AAGGUUAACUAGACAAACCUGCGAGGUUUCCUCGCUGUUGCAAUUGCUUAAGAAGCAAAUCUUGCGUACCAGCGUUUUAAUGAUGUGGUUAACCAUGAGGAACAUUGUGAUGAUCGGCGUAUCGGUGUGGCUAAUCGUACCGCUAAUUGCUAAUUGCGAACGCCGAUCAGUGGUUAGCUUGCUGGCUAACCACAAUCUGUGAGGCUUGGUGUUAUUACGACUAAAUUACGCCUUGGCGUCAGUGCUGGGAGGCGGAUUUCCACCAAACGUUAUUCAUGUGAAGAUAAAACAUUCAUACAUUGAUUGAAUCAAGGCAAAAGUGGGACGACAGCCAGUCCCACCUAGCUAAUGCUACUACGCUAGCAGGCAGCUUUAUGUGAAGGCCUGGCUAGGUUCACGCCCCCUUCCUAACAAAGCAUCCUCCCCGGUGGUGUGUCCUUGAGCGCCACAAGGAUGACUUCCAAGCAGCAGGGAGGCACUGAUGGAAAUGGAAUGGCAGCCAGGCUUCAUAGAAGCUGACCAACUGAAGAAUAACACACAAAAGUCUUAUAAAACAUGCAUUCAUUCAUUUUAUAAACCUCUUGUCCUCAGGUCAGUGAGCAAGCACGAGCCUAUCCCAGCAUCAGGGUGCACCCUGAACUGGUAGAAACAAACAUUUCAGAGGUGCACUGUUGCCUCCUCCACAGAGAUGGGCUCUGAGAGCCCCAAGCACUUUGGACCGUAUGUGAUGAUGACUGAGGAGGAGGAAGAAGAGGAGGAUCAACAAGAGAUUGGCCCCCUCAUCAACUCUGAUGGAGAAGAAGUGGAUUUGUCAGAUCUUAGAGAGGGUGCCAUGCCAGGCAGUGGAAAGGCAGAACCCCCCUCCAUGGUGUUCAGUCAGAGCGAGAAUGAAAAGCCGCCCUCCUUCCAUAACUGUACCGUGUGCGGUAAAGACUUCCCGUAUGCCUCCAAACUCCAGCGUCACCUGCGCACUCAUACUGGAGAGAGGCCUUUCCCGUGUUCAAUGUGUGAUAAGCGAUUUCCAGAGAAAGGUCUGCUCAUGAUCCACGAAAGGGUCCACACAGGAGAAAAGCCCUUCCCGUGCACUUUCUGUGAGAAGCGUUUCGCCAGCCAGGGUGAGCUCAGGCUCCACAGGAGGACUCACACUGGCGAGAGGCCGUACCACUGCUCCAUCUGUCUCAAGAGCUUCUCUCGCCACUGGCACCUCAAGACUCACCUGGAUGCCAUGCACUCUGAGGUGGUCGCCGGCUUCACCAGGAAGAAGUUCCCAUGCUCGGACUGCGACAAAAGCUGCAAUUCGGCCGCUGAGCUGAGGGACCACCAGAGGACUCACACUGGCGAAAGGCCCUACCAGUGCUCAUUCUGCGACAAGAGGUUCGCUUUGUCAGGAACGCUGGUCAGACACGAGCGCCUCCACACCGGAAUCACACCGUACCACUGCUCAGACUGCGGGAAGACCUUUGCGCAACAGUGGACGUUGACCACACAUAUGAGGACGCACACGGGUGAGAAACCAUACAGUUGCACGCAGUGCGACAAGUCUUUCGUGGCACCCGGGGAGCUUCGGAGGCACACCAGGAUCCACACCGGGGAGAAGCCGUACACCUGUGGAGAUUGUGGCCGACAAUUUUCGCUGGCUGGAACCCUCAGGAACCACAAGAAGUCCUGCACACAGAGCAAAUAUGGAUCACUGCAAACUGCAGCUGGUGAAUCAUCCGAGAGAGAAACCACCAAUGUCAGCUCUGAGGUGUCUGUUAAUCAAGCUGUACCUAAUGUCACAACCUCCACCGCCACCUCUUCAGAAGACGGCAACUGCGACCAAGUAGCCCGGGACUGUAAUGACUCUGAACAGGAGCAGGAUCCAUUCAGUCUGCACAUGAAUGUAGUCGUGAAAGAGGAGGAAGAAGAAGAGCCUUUGUGCGAUGAAGCUUUGAGCCCAGAAUGUUCCCCAGAGGAAAAUGAUGUAACUGCAGUGAAAGAGGAGGAAGCACAGGAUAUUAUCAACACCACCCCAAAGCCUCUCAACCAAGUGGUCAUCUCUCCAUCAUCGCCAGUGAAGGAUCAGUGUCACAACAAUAGCAACACCAGGAAGACCAGAAGCUCUUUCUGCUGCGGCCUCUGUGGGAGAGAUUGCCACAAAAUGUCAGCGCUACAAAUCCACAUGCGCAUCCACUCAGGAGAGAAACCCUAUCAGUGUACUCUGUGUGGCAAGCAGUUCACCCAGAAAGGUCAGCUGAAAGGCCACCAGAAGGUCCACACAGGGGAGAAGCCUUUUUCCUGCCCCGAGUGUGGCAAAUGCUUCGCCCACUCUGGCGCAAUGAACCGUCACCGGCUCACACACACUGGGGAGAAGCCCUACCAUUGCUCCCUGUGCGACCGCAGCUUCAACCAGUCGGGACGUCUGAGGGAACACGAGAAGACGCACUUUGGGGACAAGCUAAACUGUCCUGAGUGUGACAAGACUUUCACGCGGGCCUCGAGCCUCAAGAACCAUGUGAGGCUCCACACAGGGGAGAGGCCAUACAGCUGUGAUGUAUGUGGGCGGGGCUUCAGCCGCUCUCAGAGCCUCAGGCUUCACAAGCGUAAACAUGAGUCGACGCAUGUGAAGGAGGAGUCUAGCUUCAGUGUUGACGAAUUAUCAGACAAUAGCUCACCAUUAAAUAUGUGUAUAACAGUUAAAAAUGAAGAGAAUAUAUUUAUAUAAAGCACACUGUACUGGUAGUCAUUUUAGAUAAACAAAAAAAGGACUACCUCUGUAACCUUAACAUGGUGGUCACAUUCAAUCAAAGGGUAGUGAUUUUCUUAAGAAAUGAUCACAAAACAGUUUAUAUUUCACUUGCAGUUUCCAACAGUGUUUAUAGUAGUUUAAGGUCUGUGAUUUCACUUCUUUCAAUGCAGUAUUUUGUCACAUAAUCAUGUUUUUGGACUGGCUUGUGCAUUUGUAGCAGAUACAACUGAAAUACAUGUACUGAGGUAUUAAUGCAAAGUAAAAGUAGUCCUUGUAAAAACA